AUGGCAAAGCUCCUGAGCAUGGCCACCUUCGUGAGGCUCCUGGUGGCAGAAGCCGAGAGGAGGGUUUCGUUGUUCUUCAAGGCGGAGGAAGCGCAGGAAGUCCCCAGCUUUUUCUUGGACAAGCCCCAGACGGAGAAACUGCUGGAGGAAGGAGAAGUGGGCGGCUUGAGAUACGGCCUGGGCUCCAUGCAAGGCUGGCGGGCGCACAUGGAAGAUGCCCACACCGCCCAGCCCCAGCUGCCCGGUGCCUUGGCCGGCUGGGCCUUCUUUGCCGUAUACGACGGCCACGCGGGCAGCACGGUGGCUCAAUUCUGCGCCAGGCACCUGCUCGGGUAUGUGCUGGAGGCCGAGGCCCUGUCCAGCCAGGAGGAGGACCCCGCAGCCGUCAAGGAGGCCGUGCGCGAAGCCUUCCUGGCCAUCGACAGGCGCAUGCAGGACUUGUCGCGGGCCGAGGCCUGGGAGCACGCCGGCUCCACCGCCGUGGCCGUGUUGGUGUCGCCCCGGCACCUGUACUUCAUCAACCUGGGCGACUCGAGGGCCCUCCUCUGCCGCUCGGCCGCCGUGACGUUCUACACCGAGGACCACAAGCCCACCAAGCCGAGGGAGCGGCGGCGCAUCGAGAACGCCGGCGGCACGGUGGUGCUGCAAAGGGUCAACGGGUCGCUGGCCGUCUCCCGGGCCCUGGGCGACUUCGGCUACAAGGCCGUGUCUUGGCGUGGCCCCACCGAGCAGCCGGUGUCCCCCGAGCCCGAGGUUUACCAGCUGGUGCGCUGCCCCGACGAAGACGAGUUCCUGGUGUUGGCCUGCGAUGGGGUUUGGGAUACCUUUGACAACGCGGGGCUGUGCGCCUUCGUGCGCUCGCGCCUCUGCCUCACCGGCAGCCCAAGGGACGUCUGCGAGUGCGUGCUGGACUCCUGCCUCUACAAGGGCAGCCGUGACAACAUGACCUGCAUCGUGGUCUGCUUCCCAGCUGCCCCAGGUGUCUCCCAGGAGGCCUUGCAGAAGGAGCAGGAGCUGGACGCUUCCCUGGAGAAGAGGGUGGCAGAGCUUUACGGUGAACUGCUGGAACAGGAUGGGGGUCCCAGCCUCGUCUCCGUCUUCCAACGUCUGGCUACAGAGGGGAACCCUAACCUUCCCCCUGGGGGAGGCCUGGCUAGCAAGAGAGCUGUGAUCAUGGAGGCUUAUCAGCGGGUGAAACAGAGCCGCGAGGAGCAAGAAGUCCCGGCCCCCAGUGCGAAUCCUGCCUCGGAUUGA